AUGGUUUUGGACGGUUUGCUAUAUCAUACACAAGUAUUCAAGAGUUAUAUUAUUCCUAGAAUACAUACCCUCAAGGUUAUUGAGUUCACAAAAGAUUGUACCAUUCUUAAAUUGAAAGAUUUAUAUAUUGAAGAAAUCAUUGUUCCAAAUGAUCCAGAAUACACUUAUACAAUUGAAAUUUCAAACGCACUUAUUAAAACAAUUCCUCCUGGACUUGAAAGUGUAACAUGUGCAGCAAACUUACCAGAACUCGAAACUCUUGAUUUAACAAGAUGUACUUCUAUUUAUAGUAACUGCUUCUUUAACUGUACAAAGUUAAAACAUAUUAUUGGAUGGGGAGAUCACGAAAUGGAAGUUGGUUCUAGUUUAUUCGAACAAUGUCCAUUAAUUGAUAUCAAAGAAUGGACAGAUAAACUUAUAUUAGGGAAUGAUUUCGAAUAUAAUCAUGGAGUUCUCACCUAUACUUAUAUUAAAGAGAUGACAAUAAAGGGAGUUCAUGGAUGGGAUGAUUAUGGAUUGCUUUUUUAUUGUUGCCAUGAACUUCAAAAGGUCGUCUUUGAAGAAAAUUCUAAUUUCCGAUAUAUCAAUAGCUGCAUGUUUGCAAACUGCACGAAAUUAUCCGAAGUAACUUUAGCAAGUUCAAUAACCGGUAUUGGUUGGAAAGCAUUCAUAAAUACAAACCUCACAACUAUUGAUUUAAAGAAUGUUGACACGCUUUCAUUCGACUGUUUCAAUGGUGCCAAAAUCAAAGAACUUAUUUUUCAUAAAGUACUUCGUGAAUUAUAUUAUUAUCCAGAAGAUGAUUUCUUCCAACAUCUUGAAAAGAUAACUUUAACUGGAGAUUACCAGGAGUUUCCAUUCAAUCGUAUUAAUAAUCCUUAUUUAAAGGAAGUUUUACUCAUAGAUAACGAAAACUUUUAUGUGGAAAAUAAUAUAGUUUAUUCCGCAAACAAAACAAGUCUGAUAUUAUAUCCAGGUGGUUUAGAGGCAGCAAGUUUCGAAAUACCUGAGAAUGUUUUAGAAAUUGGAUUGUAUGCUUUUAACACCACCAGUCAUCUUGAGAAAAUAAUCGUGCAUCAAAAUCUCAUACUCAAUAGUUAUAUGUUUUACAAUUGCACUAGUGUUAAAACAAUUGAAUUUAAGAAUGAUAAAAUCGUAGGAUUUCCUAAUUAUUGCUUCAUAUAUUGCUCCAAUUUAACCAAUAUCAUUAUACCAGAUUCAGUAACUAUUGAUUACCUCGGCGAGUACUGUUUUUGCGGCUGUACAAGUUUGCAAACACUGGAAUUCAAAAAUGAAUUAUUUAUUGUUGGUGCUGGUUGUUUUAUGGAUUGUGCUUCAUUAAAAGACGUCAAUUUGUCAAGAUUAGCAAUGAUUCCAUAUCAGUGCUUUAAAUAUUCACCUGCAAACAUUAAUUUGCAUCUUUCUGAGUCUCUUCAAUACAUUGAAGAUGAAGCAUUUAUGGAAUCAAAGAUACAGGAAUUACAUUGUCCUACUAAUCUAUUAAACAUUAGCGAUUAUGCUUUCUUUAAUUGUACUGAACUUAGAACAUUUGAGUUCAAUGAAAAUAUCAGAGCUAUUGGUCAUUUGACACUUUCAUACACAAGUAUUUCAGAAUUAUUAAUUCCAAACUCUUUGGUUUCAAUUAAUGUUUCGAGUUUUGUUGGCUCAGAGAUUGAUUUCAAGUUCAAAGAUGGUGGACAUCCAUUGUAUUAUGUUGAAGGAAACUGUUUCAUGAAUAAAUCAAGAGGUUUGAUGUUUAUUAUUAAAAAUCAACGAAACUACUUCGAAGUACCUUCCACAGUCAAACUGAUUGAUGAUAGGACUUUCCAAGAAACAUUGAUUUACAAAGUAGUCGUUACUCCUGAGAAGAAUGAUAUUAAUUUACUUGAGAAUAUCUCAGAUUCUUAUAUUAUAUGUCAAAAUGGUAAAAUGUAUCCCUAUACAAAUAUCUAUAUGGAUUGUCGGAAAAUAAUAUGGGACUAUAACAAUCCGGCUAGGUAUGCCAAAGAAGGUGAAUAUGGUCCGACAUAUAAAAUAGACCAAAAUAUUAUAGAAGGUAAUGAAAUAUUUUACUAUGAUGAUCAGUAUACCCAUAUAACUGAUUUAGAUGAAAAUUUUCAAAAAAGAUCGGUGCCAUUCGAAACUUUUGAUAGUUUUGGAACGUUGCAUGUUAUUUUAAUAUCAAUGCUAGCUGUAUUAAGUACCAUUAUCAUUAUUCUCUCAAUUAUGAUAUUAAACAUUUCAAAAUAA